AUGGACUUUUCUCUGCAACACCACAAGUCAUUCAUUGGGCGAGCGGCAUCAGAGCUUCCAACACCGUCUCUGGUCAUCAAACGAUCCGUCUUGGACACGAACAUCACGAGGUUGCACGACGAUGUUGCUCGACUGAACAUCGCUUUUCGACCCCAUGUCAAAACUCUCAAGGUAUUUGUCAUGCCCAGUGUCUUGUGGUACACUUUGCUCACUUUUCUUUUCAAGAGUAUCGAGGUCACGAGAAAGAUGCUCCAGAACGGUAAACACCGGAAAAUCGUGGCUUCCACGGUUGCAGAGAUCCGUGGCGUUCUCCCGUUGGCGGAGGAGGGUCUUUUGGAUGAGUGUCUCUACGGACUCCCGGUCUGUCCAAGUGCUCUUCCGCAGCUGCACAGUCUUUCUCAGCAUGUCGGGAUCGCCCUGAUGAUCGACAACGAGCAACAUAUACAUGUCGUCGAAGAUUUUCGCCGGCGUUCGCCGUCAGCAAGUAUACCAUGGAAGGUCUUCAUCAAGAUUGAUGUUGGAUCACAUAGAGCAGGUGUUCAAACCAAGAUCCCUAGACUUCAUGACCUGGUUCGCCGGGCAGAAGCAUCUGACUCUGUGGAAGUGGUCGGAUUCUACUGUCACGCCGGUCACUCCUAUGCCUGCCGGACGCAAGAGGACGCAGAAGGAGUCCUUCGUGAGGAAAUUUCGGGCUGCCUGGAGGGCGCGAGUCUCAUCGGUGGUCAACGCCCGAUCGUCAUAUCAGUUGGCGCAACUCCUACAGCUCAUGUGGUUCAGAGUUUGCAGGCAACUUUGCCCUCACAUGUAUCCCUCGAACUGCAUGCUGGAAAUUUUCCGACCAAUGACUUGCAGCAAGUUUCCACUGGGCUGGUCAAGCUGACGGAUCAAGCAGUACGCAUAUGCGUCGAGGUGUGCAGCGUGUACCCUGAACGUAAUGAGGUCCUCGUCAACGCCGGCGUCAUAGCCCUCUCUAGGGAGGCUAGCGAAUAUCCCGGGUUUGGCAUGAUUGCAGAUCAUCCUGGCUGGUUCGUGGUUCGCUUAUCGCAAGAACACGGCAUCCUUGGCCAUCCGGGGGAUGUGGCCAUUAACGACGGCCCAGGCGAGAAGGCAAGUGCCGACAGCUUCUUCGUCGGCCAGAAGCUCUUUGUGUACUGCCAACACACAUGCAUCACCGCAGCGGCAUUCCAUGUAUAUUAUAUCGUCGGAGACGAUGAUGUUGUAGAAGAUACCUGGGUCCCGUGGAAAGGCUGGUGA